AUGAAAGUGGGAUCCUUUUGGUUGGGCAUUUUAUUCUUGACCACCUUGGCUUAUGGUUUCACCCCAGAUGAGGUUGAGAUAUUUCAAUUGCAUAAAGAACUCAUAGAUAAAUAUGGUUCCGAAGUGACUUUUUACAAGUUUCUCAAAUUGGACAAACUUGAUAAAUCUACGGAUAAAGACAUCAGUAAACAGUUCAGAGCAUUAUCCAAGAAGUACCAUCCUGAUAAGAACCCAAAGUUUAAUAAAUUAUAUGAAAGGUUAAAUUUGGUCACGCGUAUUCUGUCAAAUAGCGACAAAAGGAAAGUUUAUGACUACUACUUGAAACAAGGAUUUCCACACUAUGAAUUUAGUAAAGGAGGGUUUUUCUUUAAGAGAUCGCAACCUAAAACCUGGUUUCUAGUACUUUUUAUUUAUACAAUAUGCAGCCUGAUCCAUUGGGCUAUUUUAAAGGUUCAAAAUAAUAGCAAUAAGUCAAGAAUUACUAGUUUCAUUAACCAGGUGCGAGAAAAAGAUGACACGGAAGGAUUGGGUGAAAAGAAGCUGAUGUUUAAACAGCAUGAAGAAGAUGAGGGAAAGGAGCUUGUUAUCAGAUUUGGGGAUAUUUUCGUUAUACAGAAUGAUGGGACUGAAGCCCAGAUAACAAUUGAAGGUAUGAAGGAUCCUGGCUUCACAGACACUAUGUUUAUUUCAUUACCAAAGUGGCUUAUUCGAUCGAUGUUAAGUCCGUUUAGUAAAACUCCAGAUGAAGAAAAUGAAGUAGAUGAAUCGACGGAACUACCACGCAAGAAGAAGGGUGUGGUAUCCAAGAAGAAGGCAGGAUUAAAGCAAAAGGACAACGUCAAAAAAAUGCAGCUUCCAAACGGUAAAGUUAUUUACAGCAGGUCUAAGAAAGAUUAA